AUGAAGAUUUUCGCUAUUGCCAUAUCCCUAGCCUUUCUUGGUGCAUCUCAUUCUGUUCAUGGUGCCUUCCCCAAAGAUCCUAGUAAAAUCGGUGACGUUUUUGAAGAUGGCUUAUGCUCACUUGUCCGUGGCCUUGAUGUUUGUCCUCCUCAUAAUUCACUUCCCUGCACUUAUGAAACCGUCAAAUCCAAGAACAGGUGGUUUGAUAACACUAUCAAGCGUCCAUGCGCCCCUAGCAAUCCAGAAGUCAAUUGUGUUGAUUUCAAAAAGAAUGAAAAAGAAUGCCUGAAGAAUAAUUGUACUUGGCUUGCAAGGACAGUGAUAAACAGAAACGAAGUUCAAACCGCUUGUACCGACGGGUUUUUCUGCCCCGAUAUUGUGAGCAGACAAGUAUGUGCACAGUAUUCAGAUGAAUGCAAGUGGAAUCGAAGAACUCGUAUUUGCGAUACGAGAGAACAGGUUGAAGGUUGA